AUGAAAACAGGAGAGAUAUGUGCUUUUAAAAUUCAUGGACAAGAAAUGCCAUUUGAAGCUGUUGUGCUUAACAAGACAUCUGGAGAAGGUCGUCUUCGAGCAAAAAGUCCUAUUGAUUGUGAGCUGCAGAAAGAAUACACAUUCAUCAUUCAAGCCUAUGAUUGUGGAUCAGGACCAAGUGGAGUAAACUGGAAGAAAUCUCACAAGGCAGUUGUCCAUAUCCAAGUAAAGGAUGUUAAUGAGUUUUCACCAGCUUUCAAGGAGAGUAUGUAUAAGGCCACUGUGACAGAGGGAAAGAUCUAUGACAGCAUACUGCAGGUAGAAGCCAUAGAUGAGGACUGUUCCCCGCAGUAUAGCCAGAUCUGCAAUUAUGAAAUUGUCACAACAGACGUUCCUUUUGCUAUCGAUAGAAAUGGUAACAUCAGAAACACUGAGAAGCUAAACUAUGAUAAACAGCAUCAGUAUGAGAUAAUGGUGACAGCUUUUGACUGUGGACAAAAACAUGCAAGAGAAGAUGUCUUAGUGCAAGUUAACGUCAAACCUGUAUGCAAACCGGGCUGGCAAGUGAACAAGCAUAAGCCCUGGAUUGAGACAUCGUACCAUGGAAUCAUAACCGAAAAUAAUGAUACUGUAAUUUUGGAUCCUCCUCUUGUUGCUUUGGAUAAGGAUGCACCUGUUCCCUUUGCAGUAAGAGAUGAACUCCGACAUGGGGCUUCCUGGGAAGUCGUGCUUCAAUUUGACACAGUCAUCACCAUCCGUGGGGACAAUGCCCAAACUGUUCAACCUCUCUCCAAAAGCCUCCUAGAGUGA